ACGUCCUCCCCGUUUUGAGGCUGAGCCAAAAAACCUAAAAAGAGAGAAGAGGGAGGGGAAUGGCAACUGUUGACUGGAAGUGAGUGGCAGUGAGAGAGGCGAAGGGGCUGGGGGAAGUAGUGAGAAGGUCAGUUACACCUCUGCAAACAUGUGCAAGUGUUUUCUUGGGGACAGACUUCUUCUUCUCCAUCCUCCUGCUCCAUCAAAACAGGCAGUCGCCUGUGAUGCACAACUGGGACUCUCCUUUGGCCCUCAGAUGAAAAUUAAACACACUUCCCAGUGGAGGGGGGCAAAGCUGGCCCCAGGGCUCAGCCUGCUUGCCUUCGUCCUGCUGCUGAUCAUGACCUUCUCCACGAACUGGCUGUACCUCUCUUCGAGCCGCUUCUACAAGCGCUGGCCUGCAAAUGUUACUUGUAGAAUGUACACGUCAGCUGUUAUCAUGUCCAUGGGACUCCUUCAGAUCUGCAAAUUCAAAAAAUGUCCCACCUUAGAGGAGAGGAAAGAGAGUUUUAAGCUGUGGACUCAUCACCCAGUCUUUGGAAUAGCCAAGAUAACCUUCAGCCUGACGCUGGUGCUGGGCUUCGUCUUCACCUUUUGGUUGCACCUCGUGUACAUAUUCGGUCUUCAGAGAGUGCCCUACUUUGGCUGGAUUGGGAUUUUCAUGAGCUUCUGUGAAGUUGUCUUCAUUUUCUCCACCCUCCUGUUGUUUCCUGUUAACGUCUGGAUCUUCGAGUUGAAGAGGAAUUUAUCGAUCCCCAUUGGGUGGAGCUAUUUCAUUGGCUGGGUGGUGUUUAUCCUAUACGUCACCUGUGCGCUCCUCUGCUACUUCGACAAUAAAAAUGUCUGCAGUCUGGUUCCAAGCCAUCCCUCUGGCCCUGUAUCCUAGAGCAGCAGUACCAGAUCAGUUUCUCUGAAUGAAUGGUCUCAAGCAUCUUUGUCACCCAGGAAGAAGUCCUGGAUCCUGAGCAAGAGAAGGGAUCUCUGUAACCUUUUCCGAACUCCUGGCACCAAGUUCUGUCCAUUCAUCUGAAUUGCCCUCCUCAUUCUUCCCCACAACCCUUAAGUUAUUUGGCCCUCCUUACUGCAAAUAAUUAGAAAGGGAGGAUUUUAGGCCUAUUUUGCACUCCUCUUCUUUGUCUCUACUUUGCCUACAGUUUGGGUAAUGUGGAAUAA